AUGAAGGUGGUUGACCCGCAGUGCCAGCCGCCCUUCGCCGUGUCGUCGGAGGAGGUCUUGCAGAGACGCGGCGAAGAGGUGCAGAAAGACGUGGCCGCGCUACGGCAGCACCUGCACGCGCUACGCAGUGGACGGUCCAUGCGGCUGGCAGAGGUGAGAUGUUUGAUGCAAGACGCAGAGGCUCUCAAAGGAAAGCUGCUUUUGCCAGCUCCACAGCUGGAUCGUUUGAAUUGGCCUCGCAAGGAAUUGGCAGAGCUGCAGGAGCUGCUGCAGCUCCUCGACCACUGGGACGAGCUGUGUGGGGACGUGCGACGACGCCUGAUGUCCACGGGUGACGGAGGCUUGGGCGGCCCCGCCUUGCUCAAGGCUUUGGCGGAGACCUGGCAGAAGCUGAGCCAGUCGGAAGCGUUGCAGCUGGAACUGCAGGACAGAGCCGGUGCUGCUCGAGGCUUGGCCUGCGCUUUGGCAGACCGCCUGGGCACCGCAGCAGAGACGAUGCCAGGAGGGCUGUUCCGUGGUUGGAGCCAAUCCAUCCCGCAGCUCACUGACCAGGAAAAGCGGGACCUGUUAGCCAUGGUUCGUUUUGACGCCGAGUGUCAGCUACCUUUGACAGUGGACCAAAUCAGCCGUGCAAUUGUCAGUCUGCGGAUGAGCAAGGCGGGCAUGUUUGAUGACCAGCCACAGCUUGAUGUCAUGGUUGAGCGAUUGGAUGCACACUUCGAGCAGUUCCACGUGGACACUUUGUGGCAAACAUUUCGGAAUUGGACCAAGGAAUCGCAAGAGCGUUCUGAUUGGCUGAAGAUGAACCAGCUCAAGCAAAAGAGCGUUGCUGCUGUGACAGCGUGCACACCGGAUGUGAUUACCCAGUCCAUCAGUGAACUGCAAGAGCUCCUCGAUCCCUUGAUUGCCCAGAAGUUUGCGCCUUCAGCGCAGCAAGAACUCGGUGCAAAAACAGUAGAUUUUCUUCGGAAGAUUAGGCGUGCCAAGCAGGUACCUGAUAGUGAUGGGCCUGCUCCUGGUGCAGUUGCCUUGAAGAAGUUGAAGGUUGAUCCGCAACCGGCAGAAAGCGCCGCCGCAGGGCCACACCAACCGAAGACUCCUGCUGCGCCGCAGCCAAAGACUCCAGCGCCAGGGACGCCUGCUUUUGAGCAGCCUGCUGCAACCAAUGACAUCUUGGAUUUGCACAACAAGGACGAUUUGUGCCGGUUCUUGGAUGCCACAUUCCGAGAGAAAGACCUCGAGUCGUUGCAAAUCAGUAUCGAUGAAUUCACGAAGAUAGUUGCUCAAUUUGUGGAGCACUUGCUGGAGACAAAGCCUCGUAACACAAGCCUCUCAAAGCACUUCCGUGCCAUCGGCAGGUCCCGCCGGAAGCUUUUGACUUUCUGGCAGAAGGAGAUGCGGGCUCGAUUCGUCAGUUUGGGUGAUGUGGGCAAAUGA